AUGCUUCGCUCUUUGGUGUUCCUUCUCGCUGCGGCAGCCUCCUCCGUCUGGGGCUCCCCGGUCCUUGCUACUACGAACGCGACCCUCGAUUCUCGAGCAGCCAACGCUCUGAGCUUCAAGUGGACGUCGGGUCAGGCACUCAUCUAUCCCAAGAAUGACAACAGGAAACUCGCGGCUUUGAAGGAUCCGUCGAUCAUUUUCACUAACGGGAAAUACCACGUAUUUGCGAGUACAGCUGUAGAGGCAGGGUACAACCUGGUGUACCUCUCAUUCACAGACUUCAACCAAGCAGAGAACUCCAACUUCUUCUACCUCGACCAGGCUCCCAUCGGCUCUGGCUAUCGAGCAGCACCACAGGUGUUUUACAUGAGCACCCAGAAGCUCUGGUACCUCAUCUACCAAGAUGGCAACGCUGCCUACUCGACCAACUCGGAUAUCAACAACCCCUCCGGGUGGUCAUCUCCCAAGCAUUUCUGGUCCAGCCAACCAAGUAUUAUCUCCCAGAAUAUCGGUUCAGGCUUUUGGGUCGACAUGUGGGUCAUCUGCGACUCUUCCAACUGCUUCCACUUCUCCUCAGACGACAACGGUCACCUCUACCGCGCCCAAACCUCCGUCGCCAACUUCCCUAACGGUUUCAGCCAGCCCGUUAUUGCUCUGUCGGCUGCCAAGAACGAUCUAUUCGAAGCGUCCAAUGUGUACAAAGUCGGAAGCCAGUAUCUCCUAAUCGUCGAGUGUAUUGGUAGCACCGGACAUCGAUACUUCCGUUCUUGGACUUCAAACAGUAUCGCAGGAUCUUGGACAGCGCUUCACGCUUCCGAAUCUGAUCCAUUCGCUGGGAAGAGCAACGUUCAGUUUAACGGAAACGUUUGGACGGCUGAUAUUAGUCAUGGAGAGGCCGUACGAACGAAUGUGGAUCAGACGAUGACGCUUCCAGAUUGUGGUCCUCAACAAUAUUUGUACCAGGGAUUGCCAAAUGGUGCCACUGGGUCGUAUAAUUCGCUUCCUUGGAAGCUUGCGCUUUUGACUUCGACUACGGUGAGCCUUGGGAAUUCGAGCUUUUGA